AUGGCUUGCCUGCAGCCACCCGCGCACGCCCGAGCCCCAUCCGUGGGGACCUCCUGCCGUUGCCACCGCCGCCGUUCUACUCUGCCUCGGUGGAGGAGUCUCCCACGAUGCAAAAGUCAUGGUGGUGGGAAGCCGGUCGUCACAGACACUGUCGACGAGGUGACACCCGAUAAGGGGCCAGAGACUGAGAUUAAGGGAGAGGAAGAGAAUGAGGCCGUCGCGAGGCGUGGGGCUCCGGGGUGGCUGAGGCUUGACGGGGUUGCGGCGGACAUCCUCGCCAUCGCCGCGCCCGCCGUGCUCGCGCUCGCCGCGGACCCCAUCACGGCGCUCGUCGACACCGCCUUCGUCGGACAUAUCGGUUCGGCUCAGCUUGAGGCUGUUGGUGCAUCGACUUCCAUAUUCAAUUUGGUAUCCAAGCUGUUUAAUGUGCCGCUACUUAAUGUCACCACAUCCUUUGUUGCUGAGCAGCAGGCAAUGGAUGGCAAUUCUAACACCACAAGGGAAAGAGAUGAAUUUUUGACACCAAUAGAGAAGGUAAGGCAACAAAAGAAGGUUCUUCCGGCUGUAUCAACAUCCUUGGCUCUAGCUACUGGUAUUGGACUGUUGGAAAUGGUAGCUCUGAUUGUUGGAUCUGGGACCCUGAUAAACAUCAUUGGUAUACCCGUCGAUUCACCAAUGCGAGCACCAGCAGAACAGUUUCUGACACUGAGGGCACUUGGUGCUCCACCGAUCAUAGUGGCACUUGUAGCCAAGGGUACAUUUCGUGGAUUCCUGGACACGAGGACACCAUUAUAUGCUGUGGGUGCUGGCAACCUAUUAAAUGCAGUACUUGAUGCAUUACUUAUUUUUCCAAUUGGUCUAGGAGUAAGCGGUGCUGCACUGGCCACUGUGACCUCGGAGUACCUGACAGCAUUCAUCCUCCUUUGGAAGCUGAAUAAUGAAGUAGAUCUGUUCUCAUGGAAUAUAAUUGAGGAUGGAGGAGUCAUCCGCUACCUGAAAUCUGGUGGUCUACUAAUUGGCAGGACAAUUGCAGUAUUCUUGACACUGACACUGUCUACAUCUCUGGCUACAAGGGAAGGGCCUAUUCCAAUGGUGGGCUAUGAGAUAUGCUUGCAAUUGUGGUUAACAAUUUCUCUACUCAAUGAUGCUCUAGCCCUUGCUGGCCAGGCUCUACUUGCUAGCGAAUAUGCAAAAGGGAACUACAAGCCAGCCCGCGUGGUUUUAUACAAAGUCCUGCAGGUUGGAGGUGUGAUUGGUUUUCUCCUUGCUGCUUCCUUGUUUGUUGGGUUUGGAUCUUUGUCUUUGCUGUUUACAGAUGAUCCAGCAGUUUUAGACGUAGCGCACUCUAGAGCCUGGUUUGUCACUAUUUCUCAGCCGGUGAAUGCUAUUGCAUUUGUGGCUGCACUACAAAAAUACCCCCCUAUUGCAACGCAUUUAUGCGUUGCUAAAAGUUGAAAUAAGUGUUGCUAAGGCUUAUACCAAUGUAUAAUUAUGUGUUGCCUAUGCUGCCGUUGCUAGGGUCUACUGCAACACUUAUAUAUAUGUUGGUAAGCCAUGGCUAUAAGCGUUGCUACGCCGCAACGGAUAUUUAUUCCCUACUACAACGCUUACAUGUGUUUGUACCGGCAAAGACGGGUUGACCCGUAUUGGAUUUGGCAACAUUUUGCUUA